AGGAAGUGGUAAAGGAAACUUGCUGAGUCGUUUUCUGAGAAGAGACCAUAUUUGUUCGCGGAGGAAGCGUUGCUUUCUGGGAUCUGGCUACGGCAGAAAAGACGUUGGCUCCAACAAGGCUGCUCCAGAGGGUAACCGGGUGUGGGAAGAGCCAAGGACACCCCCACGCUCUGGAUUGGGGUUCUCUGUCCAUGGGUGCCGCACCCAUGCUCAGCUUGUGAGCGUCCUCCCCGGAGAGCAGCCAUGGCCUUGAGAAAUGUGCCCUUCCGCUCUGAGGUCCUGGCCUGGGACCCCGACAGCCUCGCCGACUAUUUCAGGAAGCUGAACUACAAGGACUGUGAAAAGGCCGUGAAGAAGCAUCACAUCGAUGGGCCACGGUUUUUGAACCUGACAGAAAAUGACAUUCAGAAGUUCCCUAAGCUCCGGGUGCCGAUUCUCAGUAAGUUAAGUCAGGAAAUCAACAAGAAUGAGGAGAGGAGGAGCAUCUUCGCACCUCGCAAACCCCAAGUCCAUCGGUUUCCUGAGGAAAUAGAAAGCCACGAGGAGGAGAAUGGGGGCUGGUCGUCCUUUGAAGAAGACGACUAUGAGAGUCCCAAUGACGAUCAGGAUGCGGAGGAUGAUGGCGACUAUGAGUCCCCCAACGAGGAGGACCAGGCGCCCCUGGAAGACGACGCUGACUACGAGCCGCCACCCUCCAAUGACGAGGAAGCCCUGCAAAACUCCAUCCUGCCUGCCAAGCCGUUCUCCAACUCCAACUCCAUGUACAUCGAGGUUUGCUGUGAGGACUGUUCAGACUGCAGAGAAAUCAUUGCCUAUGAUGAUACCAGCACUGAACUGCCACUUGAGGACCGGCCCCUCUCCGGGAAAUCCCCCCAGCAGCCACCCGUGCCGCCCCAGCGACCGAUGGCUGCCCUCCCUCCCCCACCAGCCGGCCGGAGCCACACGCCACUCCCCACACCCCAGCCCAACCAGGAAGAGCCUAGCAGAAGUAGAACUCCCAAAACAGCAAAGCUCCCGGCUCCUUCGAUAGACAGAAGCACCAAGCCCACCCUCGAUCGUUCGUUAGCUCCAUUUGACAGAGAGCCCCUCACACUAGGAAAGAAACCGGUGUUUUCUGACAAGCCCCCGACCCCAGCAGGAAGGCCUCUCGGGGACCAUUUACCCAAGAUACCAAAGCCUCCUUUACCCCCGACCGCGGAAAGACACGACAGGAGUAGCCCCCUGCCCGGGAAGAAGCCACCUGUGCCCAAGCAUGCACGGGCACCAGACAGAAGAGAGAAUGAUGAAGAUGAUGUGCAUCAAAGACCUUUGCCCCAGCCAACACUGCUCCCCAUGAGCUCCAACACUUUCCCUUCAAGAUCCAACAAACCAUCGCCCAAGUCCUCCCUCCCAUCAUCACACAUGUUCGGAGCAUUCUCAGAGAGCAGCAGCAGCUUCCCGCAGAGCGCCUCCCUGCCGCCAAACUUCUCUCAAGGUUCCGGCAACAGACCACCGCUCAGGUCAGAAGGCAGGAACUUUUCCUUGCCGGUUCCAACCAAACCCCGGCCACCAUCCCCUGGGGAAGAAGAGAAUUCAUUAAGUGAAGAGUGGUACGUUUCUUAUAUUACCCGACCGGAGGCAGAAGCUGCUCUUAGAAGGAUAAACCAGGAUGGCACUUUCCUGGUUAGAGACAGCUCGAAGAAAACACCAAGCAAUCCGUACGUCCUCAUGGUGUUAUACAAAGACAAGGUCUACAACGUCCAGAUCCGUUACGUGGAGGAAAGCCACGUUUACAUGCUGGGAACUGGGCUCCGAGGGAAGGAGGACUUUCAGUCUGUGUCAGCUAUUAUCGACUACUUCCGGAAAAUGCCGCUCCUGCUCAUCGAUGGGAAGAACCGAGGCUCCAGAUACCAGUGCACGUUGACCCAUUCGGCAGGUUGCCCGUAGCACGUUAGCCGAGCAGGCGAACCUUCCCUGACUGUUGCCAGUGCAGAUCAGCCAACCUGGGUGGCUGCACAAACACUUAGGACUGAAUCGAACCCCUCAGCAUGAACACGAGGGUCUGGUCCUUUCGCUUAACAAAGGUUUGAAAUGAAGACUGUCACGUGUCCCAUAAUUUAUUUAUUCUUCUUCAGUGUUUGUGAAGUGCAUGAGUGAUAAUGUGCACACUGGCACUGUAGUCGUGCACUGUAAUGAUUUGUGCAAAUAAUGUGCAUUUUUGAUACCCGUUUCAAAGUACAGUAGUUUCCACAGCUACAAAAAUAACUUGGGGCAAGUUUCAAAACAUUUAAACAAUAAUAGCUUUUGUUAUCACAUAAAACUGAUUUUUUGAUAGCCAAACCUUGUCCAUCAAUGGCAAUCAUGAGUUUUUAUAUGUAUACUAUAGUAAUUUGAAAAUUACUAAAAUUAACUUUCUUAGCAGCAAUAAUUUAAAAGGCUUCAAAAAUAUUUCAUCCUUUCUUGGUGUUUUUUUGUUGGGGGGAUUUUUGUAUACUUUUUUAUGAAAAGAUAAAUGCAUGUUGGAGUAACUUCCUGGAAUUAAAAUUAAUUUGCCUUUUGCUUUA